UCUCCCCCACCUCCUCCCACCCUCUGCUCCCCCUCCUCAAGAAGUAGACCUGCACAGUGGGGAGGAAGGGACCCCAGCCAGAUGCUCCAGUCCUCCGGGCUGCACUGACCUCAGCUCGCUUAGUCCGAAGAAACUACAACAAAGGAGAAGAAAGACCCCCCCCCCCAACCCUUAGCCAAGAAACCACUGCCCCCAAGCCCAGAAACAGAAAGAGGAAAAAGAAACAGCUUGGAGGCUGCAGAGGUGGUGGGGUCUGCCUGGAGGCAGUGAGCCUUCGCCCCUGAGUGGGGUCCAGGGCGGGAGCAGGAGCCGGAGCAGGUUUGGGGGGCUUUUACUAGGGAAGAUAAGGAAGGGAGGACGCCUGCCGGAGAUUUGGAGCUUUCUCACGGGUUCGGACGCCGCCAGUCACCAUGGGAUGCUGCACCGGGCGCUGCACUCUCAUCUUCCUCUGUACUCUGCAGCUGCUCUCAGCAUUAGAGAGGCAGAUCUUUGACUUCCUUGGCUUCCAAUGGGCACCAAUUCUUGGAAAUUUUCUACACAUAAUAGUUGUCAUCUUGGGCUUGUUUGGGACCAUUCAAUUUAGACCUCGAUAUAUAGUCGUGUACACGGUGUGGACUGCCCUCUGGGUCACCUGGAAUGUUUUCAUUAUCUGCUUUUAUUUAGAAGUAGGCGGGCUGUCUAAGGAUACCGACCUAAUGACAUUUAACAUCUCAGUGCACCGGUCUUGGUGGAGAGAACAUGGACCAGGCUGUGUACGGAGAGUGCUGCCACCUUCAGCGCAUGGAAUGAUGGAUGACUACACUUAUGUCUCGGUGACAGGCUGUGUGAUUGACUUUCAGUACCUGGAGGUCAUCCACAGUGCCAUCCAAAUACUGCUCUCUUUGAUUGGCUUUGUGUAUGCCUGUUAUGUGAUCAGUGUUUUCAUGGAGGAAGAGGACAGCUUUGACUUCAUAGGUGGACUUGACACACACUCCUACCAUCAGUCCCCCCAGGAUCAUGUUGAAUUAAAGCCUGUUAAACCUGUCGAAAUAAAUAAUGAACACUGACUCCAUAUCGCAACUGUGGAAGUUGAUCUUGAAAGGAAAGCCCCCCCACCAAUGAAAGUGCUUCUGAAGAUGCAGCACAUCUGGAAUUCUUGAUGGGGGCUGGACUGUUCCUCUCUGUUUUACCACUUGUCACUGAAUCCAUCAGUCACAGCAUUUGUAUUAUUAGCAUUGUCACUAGACAAAUUGUAGGUGCUUAGGUGGGUAUUUUUUUAAAUCAUCAUCCCCUUCAAUGGACACUUGUAAAUUGUUGAAAAAAAAGUUUUUAAUUUUUUGUACGAUAUCUAGUGUGAGGCAUGGAAACAAAAAGAAUCUGCAGUCAACUUCUAAAUGAAUUAUAUGUGUGUACUUUUGAGAUAUUAAGUCAGCAUUUCCUAAUGGACAUGGACUGUCGUGGGUAGGGUCUGUCAGCAGAGAAUAUCUAUGGAAUAUGGGCACCAAGGUAGACACUGUGACCAAUGUCAUAUGUGUAAAAAUGGCUUAAUAGACAUUGUGACUAUUUAUGGGUCAUGUUUUCAAAACUACUCUAUACAAGAUGAAAUAAUCUUUUGGUUUGAGCAUUUCCAAUCCCAAAUUGUCAUCAUUCUACAUUUCCAAAUUGCCAUAUCAUUUCUUGCUCCUUUCCUACUCCAUUGUUACUUAUUUAAGGUCAUGAAUCUGAAGAAGAGUCAAAUGAAUAUAGUUGGUACGACAUCAGGGCCACCAUACAUUACAUGGUUGUAAAUUGCCCACUUUCUACUUUUGGCUCCACUCACUGGAAACUAAAAAGGUAGAGCUAGAAGAGCUAGAAAUCAUCUAGUUCGACCCUUUCCUUUGACAAAUAAGGAAACUGAGGCCCAGACAGGGAAGCAAAUUGUUCAAAGUUACAAGCUGAGUGACCUUCUAUUAAUAUGAUUUUCAGGGCAGUUCCAAUCACAAAAUUUAAACUUUCUUUGGGAUACAUCCCUUUCAGUACGUGUGAUGUGAAAUUCCUAUAAGUGCUGCUAAAGAAGUAGUAUCUGUUACAUAUCUAGCUUUUCCCCCCCUUCUGACAAUUUAACUAAGAGAGUGAAUUAGAAAAAAUCAUUUUCUGAGGUGGAAAGAACUGUCAUGGAUAAUCUUAGCUUUCUUUUGCUUGCUUCAUACUUCUCAACAAUCAUUUCCUAUGGAAAAGGAAUUUUUCUCUGAAACUAGGGAAUGGUCUCUUUUGAAUCACAAACCUUCCUGGCCCACUAACUAUUUGCCAAAUUUUGGUUUAACUGAAGAAGUUCAAACUUUAGAAGAUGUCACUUUGAAUGUGAGUUCAUUAUAAUGACAGAAGGGCAUUUGUGGACUUCUAAAAAAACCAUGCCAGCAAUUGGUUUGAGUUCACUGGUAUUCCAUACUCCACCAAACACAAAAUAGUUUUCACUGUCAUGGAAAUUUCCUUUUAUCAAAAUUAUUAAAACACACAC